AUGUAAAGAAAUAGAACCAAAACGUAGCUGUUUAGGAGUCUUAUGUAUGACUAAACAUCCAUCCCAUGAUGGUCUCAAACAUCUCAGUUUCUUGAAUCUUCAACUUUCCUCUGUGUUCUUCUUUUUAAGCUUUUUCUCUGCUUUUGAUCUUUGGUUGAUUACUGGACACCAGCUUCGUGUAUGGCUGAUUCAUAUGAUGAAGAGUGUGAUUACCUGUUCAAGGCGGUACUGAUUGGGGAUUCCGCGGUCGGGAAAUCGAAUCUUCUCUCGAGGUUUGCUACCGAUGAAUUCCGAUUGGAUUCGAAGCCUACCAUCGGAGUUGAAUUCGCUUACCGGAACGUCAAAAUCGGCGAUAAAAUAAUCAAAGCUCAGAUAUGGGACACAGCCGGCCAGGAAAGGUUUAGAGCAAUUACAAGUUCAUACUAUCGGGGAGCGUUAGGUGCAGUGUUAGUGUACGACAUAACCCGAAGACCGACCUUUGACAACGUGAAGAAAUGGAUGCACGAGCUGCGACAGUUCGGCGAUUCUGACAUAGUUGUUGUCCUUGUCGGAAACAAAUCGGAUUUGAGUCGAUUUCGAGAAGUCACUGAGGAAGAAGGGAGAAGCCUAGCCGAGUCCCACGGCCUAUUUUUCAUGGAAACAUCUGCUCUGCAAAACUUGAACGUGGAGGAAGCUUUUUUACGAAUGAUCACUAAAAUCCAUGAGAUCACGAGUAAAAAAUAUUUAGAUUCCAAAACGAAAGAAAAUAUUACCAGUCUUAAAGGUGGUAAAGAAAUAAUUACUCUUGAUGAAGUUACUGCCACAAAACAGUCAAGUAAUUGUUGCUACUAGCUCUACAACUU